CUCAGCUGGUGCAGCCCGUUCACCUGCAGCUCAGAGCGUGGGAGAGCCGGGGCGGUAAACGGCAGCGCCCGGGGGCAGCGGAGCCUCACACCGGGACGUUAUUGGGUGUGGGGGGAGAACACACACUGCUUCCAUUUGCAGCACAACCUCUUUGGGAUUUUGGACGUUUAUGUUUUUAUUUUUUGGUGGCUGCCAGGAUGAAGAUGUCCCGUCUGGGUGCAAAGAUGCCAAAGGGGUCGGGGAGCGCUCUGCUGCUGCUGUUGGCCCUGCCCGGGGCACUGGGGGCAUACAUUGGGAAUGGUACUGCACAGCAAAGUUGUACACCGGGCUUCUCAGAACAAGGCUACACCGCUCACGUAUCACCAAACAUCAAAGAGGGACAGAGACUACUAAAAGUUAAAUUCAAUGGGUGCAGUAGUGGAACGCAGGGCAUCUGGUACGAAACCAGCAAUCCAGAUUUUAAGGUUGGCACAGAUGGGGCGGUGUACACAGCCCGCAAGGUCCAGAUCCCCUCAAAACAAGCCAUUUUUGUGGUGGCUGCCUGGGACCAACAGACCCCUGAGAAAUGGGAAGCCGCCAUCCGACUGCUAGUGGAAGACAAGCCACUCAACCACAGCCAUCACCAGCGAGUCCUGCAGGUCCGACCAUCCGAGCAUCCUCAUAUCCAAAGCCGGACCCUGCUACCAUGGCGACAGCAUCGUGUGGCUAAUGGCCUGCGGAGACAGAAGAGAGAUUGGGUGAUUCCUCCGGUCAAUGUACCAGAGAAUUCGAGGGGACCAUUUCCUGAAAUGUUGGUGCGGAUCCGCUCAGACAAGGACCGGGAGAGCAUGAUCCGGUACAGCAUCACGGGUAUUGGAGCUGAUCAACCCCCAAUGGAAAUUUUCAAUAUAGACCCCAUUUCUGGCAAGAUGUAUGUAACAAGACCGCUGGACAGAGAAGAGAGAUCAUCGUACCAUCUCAGGGCACACGCUGUGGACAUGAAUGGGAACAAGGUGGAAAAUCCCAUCGAUCUCUCCAUCUACGUCAUCGACAUGAAUGACAACCGGCCGGAUUUCUCUAGCUUGGUGUUCAAUGGCUCAGUGGAUGAAGCUUCAAAACCAGGUACCUAUGUGAUGACAGUGACUGCACACGAUGCUGAUGAUAUCAACACGUCAAAUGGGAUCGUCAUGUACCGCAUCAUGACACAGAGUCCGCAGAGCCCCUCCCAGGAUAUGUUUGUGAUCCACAGCGAAACAGGAGUCAUUAAUACAGUGGCGGCAGGUCUGGACAGAGAGAAAGUCCAGCAGUACACUGUUGUCAUUCAAGCCACAGAUAUGGAGGGAAACUUAAACCAUGGAUUAUCCAACACAGCCACGGCCAUCAUAACUGUUGCAGAUGUCAAUGACAACGCACCGGAGUUUACCACUAAAGUGUUCACCGGUGAGGUUCCAGAAAAUCGCAUCGAAGCCGCUGUGGCCAACCUGACCGUGGUAGACCGGGAUCAGCCAUAUACGCCCAACUGGAACGCCAUAUACAAAAUAAUCAGCGGUGAUCCUGUUGGCCACUUUGCUGUCAGAACUGACCCCGUCACCAAUGAGGGCAUCGUCACUGUGGUGAAGCCAGUGGACUUUGAGAUGAACAAGGGCUUUUUACUAAACAUUAUGGUGACAAAUCAGGCACCUCUGGCCAGUGGGAUCCAAAUGUCUCUACAAUCUACAUCUGCGGUGACCAUCUCCAUUGUGGACGUAAACGAAGCCCCUUACUUUCCCAACCGAAAUGACCCAGUCAGACAACUGGAGGGAGAGCCGGCUGGGAAACUGCUGACCACCUUUUCUGCCGUGGAUCCUGACCGCUCCUUGCAGCAAGCUCUACGGUACUCUAAGCUGUACGACCCAGCAAACUGGCUCACCAUCAACGCCACAAAUGGGCAAGUGUUUACUACCGCUGUGCUGGACCGCGAAUCGCCCUUUGUGAAAGAUGACAUUUAUGAAGCCAAAUUCCUAGCCACAGACAACGGAGUGCCCCCUGCCAGUGGCACUGGAACAUUGCAGAUCCAGCUGAUUGACAUUAAUGACAACGCUCCUGAGUUGGUUCCCAAAGAGGCCCAGAUCUGCGAGAGACUGAAUUCAAACGGCAUCAACAUUACUGCCACUGACGUGGACCGAAAACCCAGCGGAGAUCCAUUUGUGUUUGAACUGCCAACCGUGCCCUCCACCAUUAGGAGGAACUGGACCAUUACCAGGAUCAAUGGUAAUUACGCAAGGCUGAGUCUACAGAUUGGUUACUUGGAGUCGGGAGUGUAUGAAGUUCCCAUAAUUGUGACGGACUCAGGAAACCCCCCUCUCUAUAACACGUCAAUGAUCCGAGUGAAAGUUUGUCCCUGCGAUGAGAAUGGAGAUUGUACUACAAUCGGAGCCGUGGCUGCAACGCGACUGGGGACGGGAGCCAUUAUAGCCAUCCUCAUCUGUAUUAUCAUCCUGCUAUCCAUGGUUCUUCUGUUUGUCAUGUGGAUGAAGCGUCGGGAGAAGGAGAGGCACACCAAGCAGCUGCUCAUUGACCCAGAGGACGAUGUGAGAGACAAUAUACUCAAGUAUGAUGAGGAAGGAGGAGGAGAAGAGGACCAGGACUACGAUUUAAGCCAACUACAGCAGCCAGAGACCUUGGACCACGUCCUAAACAAAGUGGCCGGUGUCAGGCGGGUGGAUGAGAGGCCAGUAGGAGCCGAACCUCAGUAUCCAAUCAGACCUGUCAUACCACACCCAGGAGACAUUGCCGACUUCAUCAGCGAGGGCCUGAGAGCGGCAGACAACGACCCCACCGCGCCACCUUACGACUCGCUGCUGGUUUUUGACUAUGAGGGGAGCGGAUCCACCGCGGGUUCCGUCAGCUCCCUCAACUCCUCCAGCUCUGAGGAUCAGGACUUUGAGUACUUGAACGACUGGGGCCCCCGCUUUAAAAAACUGGCUGACUUGUACGGCGGUGGAGAGGAGGAUUGACAGGACAUCUGGAUUGUAUCGGAACGUGACCUCCUCGGUUGUACAGCGGCAGCUUUCAUUUCCUCUUUUUCUUUUAUUAUUAAACUCCCGAAUCCCA